AACCGUUUAUGAGUGUUAAAUUAAUCAAAGCUAAUAAAUUAUUAAACAAUGUAAUUGAAUUUUUUUAUUUCAGAUAUUUUCCAGCGUAUAAUUCUAACAAAUAUGUUUACCUUUAUAUACGGCAGCGUAGCAAAAAAAUUAUGGAAAUAUCCCUGGGUUCUGAAUUUGUUCCAAUGCAUCAGUACAACAAUUAUAAAUAAACCAUAUCUACUUAUUUUAUUCUUUCUUAUUAUUCUGGUCAUGUAUUUUUCGUUAACAACUUAUAAUAGAGUUGUUGACAUGACAGAUAUCGGUUAUGAGGAUGGAAGAAUGAAUGCGAGGGAAAUACGUAGAAAACGAAUACAGUUAUUAAAAGAAACGAAUAGAUUAAGAAGUGCAAAAGAAUAUCCUCCUGCAUAUCCAAAUGGAUGGAUACUUUUAUUAGAAUCCAGGAAUCUACCUGUUGGAAAGUGCAAGCCUGUUACUGCCCUAGGUCAGCAAUUCGUUAUAUUUCGUGGAAAAACAGGAACAUGUUUUGUUUUAGAUGCUUAUUGCCCUCAUUUGGGAGCGCAUUUAGGAACGGAUGGAAAAGUUCACGAAGAUUGCAUCGAAUGUCCUUUCCACGGAUGGCGAUUUGCUGGACAGGAUGGUUCUUGCGUGAAAAUACCUUACGCCGAAAAAAUUCCAGAAGUUGCUAAAAUAAAAAAUUGGGAAACGAUUGAGCAAAACGGAUUCAUUUACGUUUGGCAUCAUGCAGAAGGACAACCUCCUCUGUGGAAACCUCCAGUUAUACCAGAAAUAGAGAAUCGACUAAUGUUGUUUAGAGGUCGUAGUGAACACAUUGUAAAUUGCCAUAUUCAGGAAAUUAUAGAAAAUCCAUCAGAUUUCGCUCAUAUAAAUUGUCUUCACAAAUUUGGGAUAUCGUCCAAAAUUAUUCUUCAUCCCGAAAAUUGGUGGAGAUUUUUUUAUUCUAUAAGCAAAAUAUCCUGCUCUCCAGUAUGUAAAGAAAGAUUUUACUGUUACGAAUAUAAAGGCAAUGUCACUUUGAAAUUGUUCGGAAUAUCUGUUCUACAGUUUUCACUUGAUAUUCAACAGAUUGGCCCAGCAAUAACUCGUUUUGAUUUCAAAGGCAUAUUUGGAAAUAGAACGAUUCUAUUUGCCUGUAUACCGGAAGGACCGUUUCGACAAAGAAUAAUACAACAUUGUUAUUUCCCUUCUCGAUUUGCAGCCAUAUUUGAUUAUAUUUUAUUCUUUUCGGAAUAUUGUAUGCUUGAGCGGGACAUUCGCAUAUGGAAUUACAAAAUGUAUUUGAAGAAUCCAGUUUACCUGUCAGAGGAUAAGACAAUUGUGAAAUUCAGAAAAUGGUACUCCCAGUUUUACAGCGAAAACAGCCCGAGGGUUGAAGAACAAGAUCUUAAUUGGAUCGAAGAUGGCGGGCAAAUUAGUGACCGGCGCCUUGAUACUGAUGGUGUGCUUGUUGGUGACCAACCAGGCCGGGAAACCUCUUUUCAACGGCAGCAUAUUCGGCAAGAGAAGCCGCAGCGACUCCGACAGGGAAGUCGACGUCCGCUACGCCCUCUGCAGUUACGUCACGUCACCGUGCUACCGAUGGUUGACCCGUCCGGACCGGCAGACAUCGCCAUCUCUGGCAGUAAUAUCAGAAAAACUUACGUGUCUUAUUCAUCUUCUGUAAUUCACAUUCCAACUACAUUUGCGAUACGUGCUGCAAGACCUUUAGAUAAAACUCUUAUUUUGCUGAAACCAUUCGAUGUAAUGUGCAAAGAUUAUAAAAUGACUUCCUGUAAUACGUAUAAUAGAACACAAAUAACUGAAAAUAAAUCAUUAAUACCACGGAGCAUAUCCUUUGAUACAGAUGUGGAUCGUUAUUUUCUCAUGACGUUUCGUAUCCUAAUUGGCUGUUGGAUGCUGAUUGCAUUUGUCCUGACAUCUGCAUACGUCGGCACUUUGCCAUCGUUCAUGGUUAAUCCUGGAACUGAAACCAUUCCUCAUACAUUUCAAGAAUUAGUUCAGUCAGUGAAAGCGGGACGAUAUAAUAUCACUUUCUUCUUUUCAAGCGAUGAAUGUCGUUAUUUUGAUCGAUGUCCAGUGAACGUUCUAAUACCAAGGCCAAGAAUGAAAAACGAUAUAAUUGAAAUCUUUUAUGAAAAUGUCAAGAAGUAUGACGAGAGAGAUCGAAAACCAAUUAAAAAAGUAGUUAGUGGCACUCACGCCGUACUAGCGACAAGACAGGUAAUUGAAUCGAGCUUUACCAGACAAGAAAAACAAGAGGUCUUCAUUUCAGAAGAUAUACUUUUUACGAAAUUCCAGUACAUAGAAAUGGAUUUAGCGAAAGUUAAUUACGCUGUUGAAAUCGCUAAAACAUACAGAUGUGGAUCGUUAUUUUCUCAUGACGUUUCGUAUCCUAAUUGGCUGUUGGAUCCUGAUUGCAUUUGUCCUGACAUCUGCAUAUGUCGGCACUUUGCCAUCGUUCAUGGUUAA